GGAGGGCCAUGGGGCAGGUCCUGCCGGUCUUCGCCCACUGCAAAGAAGCUCCAUCUACAGCUUCCUCUACUCCUGACUCCACAGAAGGAGGCAACGACGACUCCGAUUUUCGAGAGCUGCACACAGCCCGGGAGUUCUCAGAGGACGACGAGGAAGAGACCACAUCGCAGGACUGGGGUACUCCCCGGGAGCUGACCUUCUCCUACAUUGCCUUCGACGGUGUGGUGGGCUCUGGGGCCCGCAGGGAUUCAGCUGCCCGCCGCCCACGACCGCAGGGUCGCUCCGUCUCAGAGCCGCGAGACCCACCCCCUCAGCCUAGCCUGGGCGACAGCUUGGAAAGCAUCCCCAGCCUGAGCCAAUCCCCAGAGCCCGGGCGCCGUGGUGACCCGGAUUCUGCCCCUACGGUCGAGCGCCCCCUGGAGGACCUAGGGCUCCACCUGGACCAGUUGGGCUGGGCGGCUCGGGGAGUAGGGUCCGGGGAGGACUCUGCCACCAGUAGCUCUACCCCGCUGGAAGAUGAGGAGCCGGACGGAUCAGAGGCUGGAGAGGCUAGGAAAGAGUUGGACCUCCAACUUGGACUUGCUCAGUCCUCGCUGCCUGAAGUCUUGAAUCUGCAGCCCAGCCUUGGCUCUGGGGACCCCCAGGCGCGUACCCCAUCCCCACCUCAGUCCCGGGAUUCGAACUCUAGUCCGGUUGAGCCCUUGCCGGACGAGAAGGAGGAAGAGCCUUGGGGGCAGCAGGAGCGGGAGCCAAUCACGGGGCAGUGCCUCGAUAGCAUGGACCAAUCAGAAUUCAUUUUGGAACCACACCUUCUAGUGGCGGACCUGCUGUACUGGAAGGACACCAAGACGUCAGGAGUGGUCUUCACGGGCCUCAUGGUCUCCCUGCUCAGCCUCCUGCAUUUUAGCAUCGUGUCUGUGGCCGCCCACGUGGCCCUGUUGCUGCUCUGUGGCACCAUCUCUCUCAGGGUUUAUCGAAAAGUGCUGCAUGCCGUGCACCGUGGGGACGGCUCCAACCCCUUCCAGGCCUACCUGGAUGUGGACCUGACCCUGACUCGGGAGCAGACAGAACGCCUGUCCCAGCAGAUUGCCUCCCGUGUGGUCGUGGCGGCCACGCAGCUGCGGCAUUUCCUCCUGGUCGAAGACCUUGUGGACUCCCUCAAGCUGGCCCUUCUCUUCUACAUCUUGACUUUCGUGGGUGCCGUCUUCAAUGGUUUGACUCUUCUCAUUCUGGGAGUGAUCGGUUUAUUCACAGUCCCUCUGCUGUACCGGCAGCACCAGGCCCAGAUUGACCAGUAUGUGGGAUUGGUGACCAAUCAGUUGAGCCACAUCAAAGCUAAGAUCCGAGCUAAGAUCCCAGGGACCGGAGCCCUUGCCUCGGCAGCAGCCGCAGUCUCCGGAUCCAAAGCCAAAGCCGAAUGAAAAGGGUGUCUCUGCCUGCGGGACGCCUGCCCCCACCCCCUUUAGCCCUCUGCCCCCUCCGUGUCCCUUCUAUCCCCACCCUCUCCCCGCCUCAGCCCGAGCCGUUUCCCGGUGGGUGCCAGGAUCCCUCACACCAGGGAGUUUGCGCAACUUGCCUGAGCGGCCAGGACUACAUUUCCCAAGAGGCUCUGCUCUAGGAGUCCAGGAAAGGCGAGGCAUCUUGGCCGCGGGGCCUACUGGGGCUUGUAGUUGCCUAGAUAGGGCGCCCGCCCCGCACUUCUGUGACCUCGCCGCUGGAGGCGCAGUGAGGGGUUGGUGUCUCCUGGGCACCACUAGCCCUGACGCUGGGGCUUUGCAUGGGGCCCAGGGGAGGCCUGAGCUUGGAUUUACACUGUAAUAAAGACUUCUGUGGAAAA